AUGGCUUACAACCUUGUGUCAGCUAACCGAGGGCGUGAGUGCAUCUAUCAGCCCAGCAGAAGAGGUGGUGCUCGCGUGAGAAAGAAGAAUCGUGCGUGGGAACAAGCCGUUGCAGAUAAGGAGGCCAUCGAACACAUUCCACAACAUGUGCCUGAUGUUUGGGAUCCUUCCCAAGAUGCCGACGUCAUCUUUGAUGCCCUGUUCUCACAAUCUGUCAUCAGUGGCGGAGACAUCCUUUUUGAGAGUCCACCAGAUGCCUCUUCGCAACUUAUUCCAUCCGUGAGGACGUACCAAGAUGAUGGAGCAAUUCUUGACGCUUAUUACAUUUUCAUACAUCCUUACUUUCCCAUUCUACCUCCACCCACGGCGGUCCCUCGAGACCAGGCCAUUCCACGGUAUCAGAACAACAUGGAUGGCUCAGGAGGCGAGUCAGAGCCGUCGACAUCCAUCAGUCUAGCCAUCUCAGCAAUGCUGGCAUUGAUACCGUGUACCGAAGACCCCCACCCCACAUCUAAGGAAUCGGUGUUGUUCAGGAGGGACUAUGCACAAUAUCUUGCCCAGUGCGCCCUGGAGUGCAUUGAGAUCGAAUCAGAGAUACCCGAGUCGUCGGUCGACCCGGCCAAGGCUCUUCUCCAAACCCCACACUGUGAUUCUAGGGAGCCUUUCCACCCAGAGGUACCCUUGGAGUUAGAGAGCAUCAUAGCUCUCGACAUCUUAAGCGCUUAUGAGUAUGCGCAACGUGGCAAUUUGAAAAAGAUGGAGAGUCGAGCCGGUCAAGCUUUGAUGGCCGCCAUGAGUCUAUCUCUCCAUCUGCGCGACGAUGAUGGCGAACUCAACGAAGCCAAACGAAGGGUCUGGUGGAUGACGUACAUUUGCGUCUCCCAAGCUGCGAUUGUUGGAAACAUCGAACCAUCUAUACUCGCCGUUUUCAUCCCCACCUUUGCGACCGAAUGUCCAGCUCUGAAGUCUGACGCCGAGGCGUUCAGUUUCCUCAUUCAAGCACAGCAGGCAAUGCUUGCAACCACUCAAUUCUCGACGGAACUGAGUAAGGCGGUAAAGUUCAAUGGUGACAUGGACAGAAUAUACGAACGGAUGAGUGAGCUCGACUCGCAUCUAGAGUCUUUAAUCAAGGUGGCCGACUCUUGGGUCCUACAGCCCACCAUGACGGCGACUGUUGAUCCCACCGAAGGAGUCGUCUCAAGAUCCCUAAGGUGCAUGACUAGAAUCAAGCUGAACAGCGCCAGGAUAAAGCUCCAUCGAUACUCGGCUUUUGAGAGCAAGCUUGUUGGUGAGGCAGAGGACUCGCUUUCAGCUUCAGAAUCCUCAUCAGCAACGGCUGCAGAUUCACCGAGCUCUGGGGACACAUCCUCGCUGACAUCUUUGACUUCGUUGACUAAGGUGUCGUCAUGUUCAUCAGAGAACGGCCCAUCAGGGAGCGACUGUUUCAGCAGUCAUCAGUCUGCCAAGAUAUGUUUAAGAGCCGCUCUGAACAUGGCGCAAGCAUUUGACGACUUGCCCUAUCCGAACCCGCCCAGUCAGCAAACUUCAUCCACCGCCUGGCCGCGGAUGAUGCCGUCUCUCGCGUGCUGCGCAUUGCAGUGUGCCUUUGUACUUACGACGAUAGGAAAUCUGACGCGGUCCAGAUAUUCCGGAGAUGCGCAGACGGCCUCGAUAGCAGGUCGGUUACUCGACCGUCUACGAGUGAGCCUGCUAUCGAUAUCAACGGCGUUGGAAAACUAUGCUACGGCGUUUGAGGCUAUCGGGGGCAUGAGCGGUAAGUGA